UGUAAGCAUUGUGACUAUAAAUAUGCCACCCCAGGUACUCUUAAGUAUCACAUGAAGAUUCACACUGGAGAGAAACCUCAUAACUGUAAGCAUUGUGACUAUAAAUGUUCGACCAUAAGUUCUCUUAAGGUUCACAUGAUGACUCACACAGGAGAGAAACCUUAUAAUUGUAAGCAUUGUGAGUAUAAAUGUUCACAGUCAGGUACCCUAAAAAACCACAUGAAAACUCACACUGGAGAGAAACCUCAUAACUGUAAGCAUUGUGACUAUAAAUGUUUGACCAUAAGUGCUCUUGAGGUUCACAUGAGGACUCACAUGGGAGAGAAACCUUUUGAUUGUUACCAUUGUGACUAUAAAUGUUCGACCACAAGUGCUCUUAAGUAUCACAUGAGGACGCACACUGGCGAUUAAGUGAGUUUACAAUUGAUUUCGAAAUUUGUAAUAAACAAAAUAGCAAACAGAGACACAUCAAAGUUAAAUAAUGUUGCAUUGUCAUCCAGUUCCAAUCUAUGUUUAAACCCUAAAAAAUCCUGAUGGAACCAUGACAAUAAUUCGAAUAACAUUAUUAUGACAUCAAAGAAAAGCAAAUGUGAAGUGAAAUGUACUGCUAUGGAUCAAAUUAGGAUGAAAUUGUCUCAUUUUGUCCCAUGAUGUCAAGUACCUACUAUAGAAUGAAUGAAACUUGUCCCAACAGUCUGCCUUAAAUAAAGCUUAUGAAUCAUCAAACUCUUCUAAAAGUGUCCAUUUUUAAUUUCUCCCCUUAUUAUUUUCAGCUGAACUGACUGAAUAAAGUCAUCGUUUUAUAUGUUUACUAGAGAUUUUGUGUAACUUGAGGUGCAUGACACGGGUC